UUUAAGUUCUCAAAAAAAUCUUUCGCUUCUUUUAGAAAGGAAAAAAUGGAUAAAACGCUUACAACAAAAAAUGCUGAAAAUCAAGCCGAACCAGUCAAUCUCGAUUCUUUUUUGGAAUUUGUCAAUUUGGAAAUGGCUCUUUACUCAAAACGUUUGGCCACUUUUGAAGGUGUUUGGGCUUAUGACAAUGAUGAGAAUGCGCAAUGUACUUCUGAACGAAUGGCUAGAGCUGGCUUUUAUUGCAGCGAAAUUAAACCAAAUGCCGAUUGUGCACGUUGUUAUGUUUGUCAGCACGAACUUUUGUGGGAUGCUGAAGAUGAUCCUUGGGAAGAACAUCGCAACCACAGGCCAGAUUGUGAUUUGGUAAAAAUCGGCAAACAGGAUGAAAGUGAAUUUACGGUUGAUGAACAGUUGCAAAUCAUGGCUUAUAUUUAUAGUUGUCGACAAAAUAUUAUUGUGGAUGAUGCAAUUGAAGAUUUGAGGGCAUUGAUGGACAAAUUGUUAAUGGAUGUUAAUAAAGUUAUGCGUCAAAAUAUUGGUUAA